AUGGCCUACCAGUUCUUCUCAAAGAAUCAGACGAAGCCAGCAAUUUCUUCGUCUUCACUGUCUCCUCCCCCGACCAACCGCCAACCUGCGCGGCCUCCUAUCCACCCCCCUCCAGUUCAACCGCCUCAAUCAGCUGUCGCAAACACGCCAGGCCCGAAACACUCGAAAGAAGAGAUAUUUGACCCAUAUGCACAUGAUAUUCCAACUGGUGUGGCUACUCCACACCCCCAUAUCACAGUCGAGAAAGUCAAUACAGCGCAUAUCCCUUCCUUGACGCGAAUCACGGGCUUACUCCUUCCCAUCCGCUAUCCAAGCUCGUUCUACACAGCUAUCAUAACCGAUCCUGUGACCGCUUCUCUUUCGAGGGUUGCUAUUUACCAUGACCACCCUGUUGGUGCAGCCCCGGGUUCUGUCGCAUCUGUUGGGACGGACAAAGUGAUCGGGGGAAUUCGGUGUCGGCUAGAGAGAAUCCGACAGUCAGAGGACUCGAGCAAAGAGAACCAAAUCCAAGGGAACGGAAGUCCUACGAAUCUCUACAUUCAGACUCUACAUCUUCUCUUCCCAUACCGGGGCUGUGGUGUGGCCGCAUCACUGUUGAAUUCGCUUCUCUUUGUGUCUCCACCGGACCGCAAGGAGAAGGACUCAUACCAGGUUUCCGAGCUUGUCAGGCACUAUAACAUCCGCUCCGUGACAGCGCAUGUCCAUGAGGCAAACGAAGAGGGGCUGGAAUGGUAUAUUGCGCGUGGAUUCAGGGUUGAUCGCGAUGUAGCCGAAUACUAUCGGCGACUGAAGCCGUCGGGCGCGAAGAUCGUACGGUUAGAUUUGAACUGGAAUGAAGAUGAAGCACAUCCACCGAAAGAAGAAAAUGCCCAGACUACAACUUCUCCCGGUGAAAUGGAAGACGAGGACUGGGAGAAGGUGGAAGCGGAGGAUGGCGAAGAAGGUGACCAUGGGAUACAGCAGUUGAAUGAGUCGCAAUUCCUUGAAAAUCAGGAUGUGCCUUCGCGCAAGCGCAAGGCGGAAGACGACAACCAUAAGCCGGAGAUCCAGUGA